AUGAACGUCGAUCACUUGAGCGACCACGAAGAGCCCGUGCAAGAGUACUACACCGAGUCGCGCCCUGUUGGCCGGCAAGGUCCGCUGUCAUGGGCGUGGGAGCGCAUCCAGACUCUGGGCCACGGGGCGAGGCGCGCUGAGCCGCACGCCUCGUCCGAGUACUUCGCGCUCGUCCCGCUGUCCGACUCUCGGCUGUCGAUGAACCCCGCGCGCGUCCGCGGCGUGCUGUGCGCCGUGAUCGCCCUGGGCAUGGCCAUGUGCGGCGUCAUCUUCCUGCUCGUCCCGCGCGGCAUCGCCACGGGCACCGCGCAGGUCGAGGUCCGCACCAUGUCGUGGAACGCCGACAGCAGCACGUACGAGCUCCAGCUCGACCUCUCCCUGCCCGUGUACAACCCGAACUUCAUGUCGGCGCGCCUCCAGGGGACGCUCGACGUGCUCUUCUACGACUCCCCCGCGGGGACUGUGGAGCUGGACGAGGUGCUGCCGGCGCGCGCGCUGCCGACGACGCUCAGCCUGCGCAUGGACGCGUCGCAGCUGAGCUCGCGGUACACGCUGACGGUGGUGGACCAGUGCGCGAUGUUCCCGCACAGCCUGAUCUUCCUCCUCCGGAGCAGCCUCAACGCCACCAUGCUGGUGGGCCGCGCGCACGAGAUGCCGCAGAUCGACUCGUACUUCAUCGUCGACUGCCAGGGCGGGGGCAAGCACCGCCACCACGACGACGACGACUCGUCCGACGACGACGACGGCGGGGUGCCCUGGCCUGCGCGAUGA